AUGAAACGAAUUUUCGUCCUCUUCACAUUUUCUUUGCUCAAAAUCUUGAAUUCUAUCGAAAUCUCUCACGAGGAUCUGAAAAACCUCAUCGAAAACAUCGAAUCAGCUAUAGAAAUUCGAGAUAUAACUGGACUCGAAUCCCAUUUCCAUAAUCGAUUUGAAUAUCGAGAACUGUCUCAAAAAAUGGAACGGUCCGAAUUUUUGUAUCAAAUGUUGAAUGAGAAAAAUCGCACGAAAUGGAAGUAUUCGGAAAGUUCGAGUCGUAGAACGAGAUAUGGCGCGAUUUUUUCGAUUUUUGAAGCUCAUCAGUUUUUUGUGCAUUAUAGAGUUAGACGAAUUGAUGGUAAAGAAGGAUUGAAGAUUUUCUAUGCUGAAAAUGAUGAGGAGAAGAAAUUUGUGUGA